AUGCCCGUCAAAUAUGACCCGAACACUUUGUGGGUGGCUCUCAAUCAGUACAGUGAAGGAAAUGUCUUUGAAGUAUAUCCCAAGUUGCUGGCACAGCUGUUCCUGCAGGAGGAGGCUGCGAGGCAAGAAGGCGACACCAGCGAGGCUGAGAAGCUGGUUCUUCCCAGUGAUAAGGAGUACAGACUGCAGAAAUACUUCGUCCUUGUUGAAUUACAAAAGGAAUUGGAAGAGGAUGAAGACGGCGAGAAAGUGGUUAAACCAGUGGAAGAGCCGGUGGAGGUAUGGGCGCCAUGGUCACUCGUGGUGGCUACCAAGGAUACUCGCGCACCACCACCGGUCGCUGUCAAAACUACGCCGGGUCCCGCUUGGGACAUUGGACAGGUGGUAAAAGCUGCGCGCCUGCUGAGUAAGCCGCCACUGCCCGUGGAUUUCAUAGAUGAACAAGAGAUGCGUUGUGUUUACUCCCUUAUUUACGAAGUAUUUAGAUAUAAAUCCAUAUUGGAUCAAGCUUUGGAAGAUGUUUCGUUUUUGUUGGAACAUCGCGAGUUUGUGGAACAUCGUCACACAGUAUGGCUGUUUCUGAUGGAAUUGGCGAGACGCAGAUGGGGAGCUCGAACGCGAAGCGAGAUGGAACGAGCCAAGCGACUCUUGGACGAGGCUGGAUACCCUUUCAAAAACAUUGAGAACCUUAUAUGGGAGGAAAGAGUCCAUUUGGCUGCAGCUAUUGCAAGAAUCCGGAUUAAAAAUCGCGCUUUCUCGCUGGCGGAUUUAUUGCCACCCCAUCUGCGUGAAGAACGCGUGUCUGCGUGUGUCAACAAGGACAGUGUAACGGGAUGGGUCAACACUUUCAAAGCCAAAAAAGUUGCUCUUUUAGUGAAGAGGUUGCACGAGCUCGGCUACACGUACAGUAACUCUCGACAGCUGUGUGCCGGAGAGUACCGAUUUGAUCGCGUCUGUCCAAGAUUCAUCACUCUACGUCCACCAGAAAAUAAUAGCAUUGGCCAAUUGGAUCUCGUGAAGGAUGGAGUUAUAGUGCUUCAGGAGCGCGAGUUUUGCGAAGGCGCAUCGACGCUAUGCCGUGCUCUUCGGGCAAAUUCUCUCCGAGGAGUUGUGGCACAAACGCACGCGUCUUCUCCACGAUGUUCGGCAUACCUUGCUGCUCAACUACGUGAGCUGGCUGCAGUCCUUAAAGCAAAAGCGCCAGCAGCACCAGUCACACCUGAACUUGGGAAACUAGUCGUGUUUGGUGCUGGUGAUAAGGUUGAGAGCUAUGUCUGUGCGCUUCGUGAACUCGGCAUAGAAGCUUCAGAAGCACUUCAAUCCGGGGCUCCUGUGUGCGUUAUCAGUGACCCAGUACACUAUGACACUCCUGUCGUCACUAACGCACUAGAUGGAGUAGUUGCUGUGUUAGCCACGCCGCCUAACUCGUACUCAGCCGUCACAGAUCCCAUUGAUCUUGUUUGCGGUCGAGGUGGGGAUCUCGCAAUGCUAGAGAUUUUAACAGAAUCUGAAGUAGAUGUUCAAGGCAAAGCUCGCGUGCAAUCCAUCUUGGAAGAGCAGAAGAAAACUUUGAAAUCACUCAUGUCUAAACCACAGAUUCAAUUGAUUUUGUAUGAAACCCAUUCGGCUUUGGAAGCUGAAAAUCAAGCACAAAUCACUAGGGCAGUGGCGGAGGCGAAUAGACUGGCACGCGAACGACAUGCGUUGCUCAAGAAAAAGCAUCGUCAGCCUAGCCCACAAAAGCAAACUGCAUCAGCAGCAGUAAAUGAAACUGUAGUCGCCGAUGCUAACGAGGCCAAUGAACAUAUGGGAGCGAAUGAUUCCGUAUCCUCCCUAAGCUCGAUGUCACAAUCCGGCUUAGACAAAGAUGAGAACGACGACGAUGAAACAUCCGUUAGUGAAUGCUCACUCACGAGGUCGCUUUCGGGUUCCCGGCCAAGUACAGCCAAGGACAAGCCUAGUACUACGGUACUGAAUAAACGGGCGGAAAAUUUGGAUGUGCACACAUCACCAGGGACGAAUAAAGCAAGGCCUAUCCCUGCAAUGCCGAACUACGACAUCCCAAAAGACCCAGAUAAAGAUAGCCCUGAUGUAAUUGUGCCAAGUUGUGAUCUAUUUGAAAUAAGGACACUACCGAAUCUGGGGAAUGGUUUGGAUAUCAACUACAUUCUGGACAGAGACGGAUGUUACCUCGGUUUAAUUCAGAGAAAGGAGAUCACCCGGCUCGACGCUAAAUUUAUGAUCCGUGUGGCCGAGGACCGCGGGCUGUUUGGACCGGGCGCGGGCGCUCCACAACCGCAGCGACGCAAGCGGACUGAAACUGCAGCGCUGUCACCUCGCAGGAGACGACGCAAGGCUAGCUUUGAGGUGGAGCGAGUAGCGGCUCCAACAUACGCGUCGAUGUCGCGCGCGGCCCGUCGCGGCAGCGCGCCAGGUUGCCUGGACGCGUCGCAGUGCGGCUCCGCGGAGCACCACGUCUGCGAGCGACACGCGCGCCGCCAGGCUGCUGCCGCCGCCAUCACUGCCGCCGCUUGUACAUGUGAUGCUAGACACAAACAUCGUCGUUCGUCAGCGGCUGGUGUGGCAGGCGCCCCCGCUGUUUCAGGCGCGCGGCAGCCCGACGCUCCCUGCCGCCGGCCCUUUCCACUUGUGGUUCACGAGUUACAACUUCAAGCAGUCGUACAACAGCAAAAGAUUUUCGCUUCCUGA